UAGCGCAAACUGCGCAUGCGCACUGCAAACCCGGAAGGCGUGGAGACGGCGGUGUAUCGCUGCCGAUAAUUCAAGGAUAAAAACCGAACAUUUGAGCUUCAAAAAUGUUUAAACUCGAAGGAUUGGGACCCAAAUUAGACCCGGAGGAGAUGAAGAGGAAAAUGCGGGAGGAUGUGAUCUCAUCCGUGAGAAAUUUCCUCAUUUAUGUCGCUCUUCUGAGAGUCAUUCCGUAUGUGUUGAAGAAGUUGGACAGCAUAUGAGGAUGUUGAAUCUGCUCUAAAUCUGCACCUGAACUCCUGGAACAUCGUCGUGCGUCACGUGUUUGCAGCUCCGUCCUGCGUCAUCAUCCUCAUCCUCAUCCUCAUCAUCAUGCAGUGUUUUUAUUUCCUGGAUGAAGCUGAACAUACUUUAAUUUAUCCCAGUGUUUGUGCGCUGUGGUCAUCGUGUCCACGUCUGAGGCAGUUGAUCGGGACAGAUGUGACGUGACGCACUGCCGUGUGUUGAUCAUGUGACCCGGACUAGACAAUAAAUGUUUAAUGUAUUCGACUCUCUGUAGACACAGAUCUCCUGUUUGUAUAAAAAUGAAUCACAAUGUGAAUAAAUUUCAAUGUUAGUCCA